AUGGCUCAAGACCUGGCCUCCCUACCCGCAACCCACCACCAGACCCAACACCCUUCAGCCCAGCUCCAAUCCCAGCAUCCCACAACCCCGCCACCAGUCCCAGCAAACUGCACCCUAUCACCAGACCCAACACCCUCAACCCAGCUCCAGUGCCCCAACACCCUGCAGUCCCAUCACCUGACCCAACACCCUUCAGCCCAUGAUGAGACCCAGCACCCCACAACCCCAUCACCAGACCAAAUACCCUGCAGCCCAGCCCAGCUCCAAUCCCAGCACCCACAACCCCAUCACCAGACCAAAUACCCUGCAGCCCAGCCCAGCUCCAAUCCCAGCACCCACAACCCCAUCACCAGACCAAAUAACUUGCAGCCCAGCUCCAAUCCCAGCACCCACAGCUCCAUCACCAGACCAAAUACCCUGCAGCCCAGCCCAGCUCCAAUCCCAGCAUCCACAACCCCAUCACCAACACCUUGUGGCCCUGAUCAGAGCAUCAGCACCAAACCCAACAUUUUACAGCCCAUCACCAGACCCAACACCCUGUGCCCCAGCACCAGACCCAACACCCUGUGUCCCAGCACCAGACCAGAAGGAUCCAGAAAUCCACAAGGCCUGCACCAGCAGAACCGACCCAAGACCCCUGGCCCAUUUCCACGCAAUAGGUUCCUGGAGGGAGAUAGCACCGGGACCUGCGCACCGCGCCGCACCGCGCCGUGCCUCCACUCGCCUCAGCUCCCGGGAGCGCUGCCGCCGCCGCAGCUUAAUGAAGAUAUGACAUUCAAGUCGGCUGAGUGGAGUGUGGGGCCCUGA